AUGGGGGAGGGUAGUGGCGCAGGGCACGAGAGUAGAGAAUGGUUCAAGAUCAUGCUCGACGAAGACCUACUGGAACAGAUGAGAUCCAACUCUAGUGAGCCAUCGAAGGUACCACAUAUUCACGAAGUAGAAAAAUGGUACACAGAUUAUUUCAGCUACCUCUACCGAACGAUCGAGGCACGACUACGAGGCGAGCUCGCGAGCCGCUGGGAAGACGCGAACAUUGAGUUCAUCUUCUCAGUACCCACGACAUGGAAGCCGAUACCCACUGUGGAGAGGUUCCGAAAGACGAUCUCUGCGGCGGGUUUUGGGUCAUACGCCAACCACACAGCAUCGAUAGGGCUGACGGAGGCUGAGGCAGCCGCGGUACAUACAGCGCGCAGUAUGCCUGGUAUCUUCAAGGGGAACGAGAUACUCUUCGUCUGCGACGUGGGCGGAGGUACAACGGAUCUAUCAGUAUUCCGAGUGAAGAAAACGCAAGAUGGUUCUUUUAGUCUUGAACAAAUCGACGUCGUGUUCGGUGCCACCAUCGGAGCCGCGCAGCUCGACAGCUUAUACGAGAAAGAAGUUCUACGGCGAUUAGAGAAUGCCGACCGACUACAGCCAAUGGGACUUUCGGAUAUCAACCAGGCCGCAUGGGAGAUGCGCAUCUCGAAAGAAUACCAAAAUGCAAAAUGCGAUUACGGUUCUGAGGAAUCUUUGAUGGAUACUGAGACCUUUGCGGUGCAGGUACCCAAGCUCGACAAGGCGUACGACAAUCGAGAAUGCGGUAUCAGCGGCGGCGAUAUGUACUUCCGACGGUCAGACUCACGCCCACAUAGCGACGAUUUGAAGGGCUUCUUCGACGUUCAGGUGUCCAAGCUUUUUGCCAUGAUGGACAAACAGCUCGCUCGUCUCCUUCAGAAGUUCCCGUUGGAACAAGUGUCUCAUCUCGUCCUCUCCGGUGGCCUCGGGAACUCCGCGUACGUUCAAAACUGUCUACGAAGCCGAUACGCAUUUGGCAGCACACUUUAUUCCAACGCGCAGCACAUGCAGAUUCGAAUCGCUCCUGAUCCUCAACUCGUGGUCUGCAAAGGCAACGUAGCCGACCGUGUGCAGAAGCUCAAGUCUGGACAGUCGGUUUUAGGGUGGCGAUGCAGUCGCGCAUCAUACGGUACCAUGUGCAAAAUAUUGUACGACCCAUUCAACCUUGCGCACUUUGGGCUGAGGACGGAAGUAGAUCCUUUGGACAAGAAGGAAUACGUCAUGGAUUGCAUCGACUGGUUUAUUAAGCAGGGCGAACCGGUCUCAAGCGACUUCCCGAUAGUGAAGAGCUUCCAACGAAAGUGCCCACCAGCCUCAUCCAAGAACCCCAACCCACCGAGAAUCUACCCCACGGAAGUAAUAUACACCGAAGUCGACAAGUCUCAGCUACCCAUAGUAAAGAACAAUACGUGCCGCUCAAUCUGCAAGAUCGAAUCCGACUUCUCAUCCCUCCCACUUUCACUCUUCAAACUCAAAAACCGACACUGGUGGAACUCCGGCCCGAAAUACCACCGCAUCAACUACGUCGUCAAAGUCAAUCUCGGGCCCGCUGAUGUAUCUUUCGAACUUUGGCACAACGGUGUCAAGCUUUCGAAAGACAACUCCAUCAAAGUUGAGUGGCAAGCGAGUGCGCCGCCUGAUCUGAACUUUGCCGGCGGUAUCGAGUUAUGA